UCUAUUAGAGAGAAGAACGCUUAUAAGGUUUUACGGGGAGAGAGCUAAAAAGCUUCAAAAUCUUAAGCCUCCGGUCGUUCUGUUCAUCUUAAAAACCCCAUUUUUUUGCAUGUUCUUUUUGUCUACAUUCUGUAUUACCCUUUCUAGUUCGUGUAAUUUGCUGUGAGGUAAGUUUUCUGUGCUAAAUUUUGGCCCUUGAUUGAUAAGGGUGGGUGUGCUGUAUUUGUAUUUUGUUGGGAUUGCAGUGACUUCGAUUCGUUGUUUUCCUGUCCAUAUCACAUGGGGUAGAAUUUGACUGAAAGGACACGGCCUUUGUAAUGUUCGAUCUUCUGGGUUUCUGUCACUUUGACUAUUGCUGCUAUCAUAAAUUCUGUAUUAUAUAUCAAUCCCACAUCAACCAGCCCUCUUACUUUCCCUUCCCUUCUUGGCGCUAAUCCCCUGUUCAAGGACAACCGUCUGUGGCUGUUGGUGAACUUGAAGGGUGGCCUUUCAUUAUCCAGCAGCAGAAUAAUUUCUUUGAUGCAUACACAUCAAGCGUAUCUGAUGAACACCGAAUCUUAGAACACAUUAGGAGAAGAAGCAUUCAACAUGAAGUUUAUGAAACUUGGAUCUCGACCAGACACUUUCUACACUGCUGAGGCUGUAAGGUCAGUUUCUUCUGAAGUCUCUAGUGAUCUCAUAAUUCAAGUGAAAGGAAGUAGAUAUCUGCUUCACAAGUUUCCUCUUCUGUCCAAGUGUUUACGCCUGCAGAAACUAUGCGCCGAGUCCCCGGAAUCCUCACUGCAUCAAAUAGUCCAGCUUCCUGAUUUUCCAGGCGGCCUCGAGGCGUUCGAACUAUGUGCAAAGUUCUGUUAUGGCAUAACGAUUACUCUCAGCGCUCACAACAUUGUAUCGGCUCGAUGUGCGGCCGAGUAUCUUCAGAUGACAGAGGAUGUAGAGAAGGGGAAUUUAAUUUACAAGCUUGAAGUGUUCUUCAGUUCUUGCAUUCUUCAUGGUUGGAGAGAUACAAUUGUGACAUUGCAAAGCACCAAAGCAUUUCCUUGGUCAGAGGAGCUUGGAAUCACAAGCAAAUGUAUAGAAGUGAUUGCAUCAAAAGUCCUUAUUCAUCCAUCAAAAGUGAAUCUUUCACAUAGUCAUUCCCGACGACUUAAGGACGAUAUCUCGUGCAAUGGCGUCGAUAGCCAACGACACAAACAGGCAACCAGGGGUUGGUGGGCUGAAGAUGUUGCAGAACUCAACAUAGACCUCUACUGGAGAACCGUGAUAGCUAUUAAAUCACAUGGGAAAGUGCCCUCCAAUUUAAUUGGAGAUGCACUGAAAGUUUAUGCUUCGAAAUGGCUCCCGAGUAUAUCGAGGAAUGAUUUUGUCGAUGCAUCUGACUCGGAUUCAGACAAGGCCAAUGAGUUAUCUGCAAAGCACAGACUGCUCUUGGAAUCACUAAUAAGCUUACUCCCAGCAGAGAAAGGUUCUGCUUCUUGCAGUUUCCUUCUCAAACUUCUAAAAGCAGCCAAUAUUCUUAGUGCCUCGCAUGCUUCAAAAAUGGAACUGGCCAGAAGAGUGGGAGUCCAAUUAGAGGAAGCAAUGGUCAUAGAUUUGUUAAUACCUUCCCUAUCAUACACAACUCAGAUGGUAUAUGAUGUAGAUAUAGUAAUGACCAUAAUUGAGCAUUUCAUGUUACAAUGGCAGAGUCCCCCGACAAGCCCUCCGAGAUCAAGGAUCGGUUUUGAAAGGAGAAGGUCUCGCUCGGCCGAAAAUAUUGAUUUUGAGUUACAGGAAAGUAGAAGGUCUUCUUCUGCUUCUCAUAGCUCAAAGUUGAAAGUUGCUAAGCUUGUGGACAGAUAUCUUCAAGAAGUCGCUCGAGAUGUGAAUUUGCCGUUAUCUAAGUUCACGUCAAUCGCCGAGUCGGUCCCGGAGUUUGCAAGGCUGGAUCAUGAUGAUUUGUACAAAGCUAUUGACAUCUACCUUAAGGCACAUCCAGACAUGGGAAAGAGCGAAAGGAAGCGAUUAUGUCGAAUUCUCGACUGCAAAAAACUCUCCGUUGAGGCUUGUAUGCACGCUGCACAAAACGAGCUACUCCCUUUAAGGGUAGUGGUACAAGUCCUCUUCUUUGAGCAAGCAAGGGCAACAAUGGCUGGUAGCAAAGUGGCCGAGCUGCCAAGCAACAUAAAGGCACUUUUGGCUGCCCAUAAUAUCGACCCGUCGAAGCCACCAGCACCAUUAAGUACUACCACGAGCGUUCAAGCAGACGACCAACAGAGCAUCUCAGGGUUGAAAUCACCAAAAUCCAAGCUUUCUACCUUGCAAAUGAAGCUAGCUGAAGAUGACUACUUGAAUGAAAAUGAUAUGCACCCUGAUGGAAUGUCAAGGCCCUCUAAGUUCAAGGCUUUCUGUUCUCUCCCAACUCGACCGAAACGGAUCUUCAGUAAGUUAUGGUUUACUAACAGAAGUAUCAUGGAGAAGAAUUGAGUGAAUUUUGUUCCUUUUGGGGUUGAACAUAUUCUCUGUUCUUUUGGCUUUUGAUAUUAGAUAAGUUCUUUGUAAGAAGUUGCAGCCUUUUAGACAAGAGAUUUAAGAAUCUCAAUGAGUAUUAGUGGUGUAAUCUAUUAUAAAUAAGAACUGAAAUUGUAAGAAAUGUGGAUCUGUUUGUGGUACUUGGCCACGUGAAGCCAAUGUUCUUGUUCUUGAAUAUGAACAAGAAUCCAUUGUCCCA